AUGCCAGGCCCGGGCCCUCACCUGAUGUACGCCAUGGGCUCAGGGCUCGCCCUCACGUCCCUCUCCAACGGCAGAUUCGCUCCCCACCACACCCUCGCCUACACCCUCAACGCCUUCUUCGGCCCCGACAUCGGCUCCUUCUCCGAGUGGCUCGGCUACACCCUCUCCGACCUGCCCGGCUUCGGCUUCGCCGGCCCCCUCGGCUCCCUCCUGGCCGACGCCGUCCACGACCCGUUCUACUACGUGCUGAUCCUGGGCUUGCCUUUCUCGAUCCUCUAUUCUUGGGUCUCCAAGGUUUUGCUCCAAAAGGGCCUUCUUGAUUCUGUUUCUAGGGUGCCCCUUACUAGAAGGCAAUGUCUGCUGUUGGUAGCUGCCGGUUCUUUAUCCCACUUUUUCCUAGACCAUUUGUUUGAGGAAAAUGGCCAUUCAUCUAUGUAUACUUGGAUAUUGAGCACUGGUUGGUGGAAAAACCGUGCACCUGUCAACCCUGAUGCUGUUGUUGUUGUUGGUUUCUUAUGCAUUUGCCUCAUUUGUGGUUUUGUUUACAUCAACAGAGUGAAGUCCGUUAAGUCCAUCAGGAACAGAUCCUAUCAAUCUCUGAAACUUAUGGGGAUUGUCGCAAGCCUGUAUUGUGUAUGGUGUGCAAGCCAGAUAUAUUGGGUUAAUCCUCGUCGGCCAGCAGUGGGCGAAGAAGCUGACCUUGGUAUUCUUGUAUUUAUGGCUACUUAUUUUUUCCUUCCUCAUGGUUUGUGUAUACUCUCCAUGAACACAAAAGAUAAUGAAACGGGGCUUCCCCUUUAAAGAACAUCGCGCUUCUGGUGUGUGCAUUUUGCUUCUAUUACACAAAGCUACAAUGUUGUUGUAGUUUUAACUUUCGGCCACUAGUGCUAAUAGCUGUUGUGAGACAAAUAACAAAACUUGUCUGUGAUCUCAGUAGAAUGGCAAUUUUCUGAAAAUUUGCAGAUGAAUUUGAUGAAUUCUAUACAAUGAGAACU